UCCUUCCUCAACGUCAAUCUCAACUCAAAACCUCAAACAAGAGUGACAGCCGACUAGUAUAACGCCCGAUGGAGUAUAACGGAGUAUAAGUGGAGAAUAAUGGAGAAUUUCAUCGUGAAAGGAUAAAAAACGCAGACUGCAGAGAUCAUGAACGACUGCCUGUCGUUGAACGCGGCAGCUGGUCGCGUCGCUCACCUGGCGCGCGAGAAAGAGGAAAAACGUGUCCAAGAACGUCGGCGUCAUCUCCUUUACCUUAUCGCUGCCUUUUUACGGGAGCAAGGUUAUUCCAAUACCACGGAGAGUCUCUUCAAGGAGGCUCAACUCUCCCGAGACAUUCACGUGUGCGACAAUAUCGAUUUGGAAACUAUCGUUCUCGAGUACACCGCGUACCAUUACGUCAAGUACAACAGAUAUCCCAAGCUGUGUAAGAAGACGGAAGUUGGGAACGUAGCUCAAAAUACCGGCAACAAGAAAGAGAGAGUAUCGAAGGUCUAUUCGAAGCAAGAGGAUAGUCGCGUUACUGAGGACGGUAACAAUAUCGGCAGAAAUAAAGCUGCACAGAAACAUGCCUCUUCCACGUGGGACGAGUUGAAUCUCGAUAUCACGGUGACGCCGAUCUUUCCCGCGGAAAAUGGCGAUCGAGUCACUGUCCAAGUGCCACGGUUCGACGAAACUUUCACCAACGAAACUUUUAACGAAAGAUUACUGAAACCUAUCGAUAAUCUCUAUCCACUCGGCUCAUCUGAACUAAAAGAAAUCGCAGAUAUUAUAUCACGGGAAAUAGUGCAACAAAACUUGAAUGUUCAUUGGGACGACGUAAAAGGACUGAAGGAUUGCAAGAUGUUGUUGAAAGAAGCUAUACUUUAUCCAAUGAAAUAUCCAAGCUUGUUUAGUGGGAAACUCGGUUCUUGCAAAGGCGUAUUAUUAUACGGUCCACCGGGAACUGGUAAGACGAUGCUCGCGAAAGCAGUCGCUACCGAAUGUCAAUCGACCUUUUUUAACAUCACUUCCAGCUCGGUUAUCAGCAAAUGGAGAGGCGAUUCAGAAAAAUAUAUUCGCGUGCUCACUGAUCUUGCUAAACAUUAUGCACCAACGAUAAUCUUUAUCGAUGAAAUUGAUUGGACGACCACGAAAAACGUAGAUCAUGCCUCGUCGAGUUCAGAACCUGCCAGAAGAUUUCGAGCGGAACUUCUCGCCAGAUUGGACGGUUUAUUGUCAAUGGAAUAUACGAAUGUAGUAUUGUUAGCAGCUACAAACGUUCCAUGGAACAUAGACGUUGCCUUGUUGCGACGUUUAGAAAAACGGAUUUUUGUCGAUCUACCUGACGAAGCUAGUCGACUGAAAAUAUUGCAGUCUUACGUGCGCGAUGAUCUGUACAACUCGCCGGAGAUGCUCAAACUUGCGCAAGAAACCGCGGGAUAUUCUUGCGCAGAUUUAAAAUUGCUGUGCAAGGAAGCAUGGAUCAAUCAGUUGCGGCCCAUUUGGGCGAGUCUCGAAGCAAAAGCAAUCUCCGUCGAUGAUAUUCAAAAUGAUGGUCUGAUCAGUUCAAUUAGUCACAUUGCGCUUGCUAAAUCCAGGGUAAAACCCAUCGCCAAACAUAUGACCGCGCAAUAUAUGGGAUGGCAUAAAGAAUUUGGUUUCGCAAAAGAAAUUUAAAAAAAUAAUAAUAAUAGGGUAGCUUAACAUUUUUCUCUCCGCAUACGCAAUCAUGACAAGAAACAAAUAUGGUAUAUCUAUGAGAUGAUACAUUAUAGGAUUUCUGCGAAAUAGUGAUAUUUCUUACACUACAUUUAAAAUACAUUUGUAAAAUAUAUGUUAAUUUGUUUAAACAUUUUAACACUAAUUUUAAUGGAAU